AUGGCUAGAUAUAUAGCACAAUUAAUAAUAGCAGGCACACAAGUUGUAGCGAGAGCUUUUGCACGAGCAGUCAAACAAGAGAUAGAAGCAUCCCAACAAGCAGCUCAAAGAUUAGGCAACGCUAAAACAAGAACUGAACGAGUAGCGAAUCAAAAAUUAGGUUUAUCUCUUGAAGAAGCUAAACAAAUAUUAAAUAUCACUAAUUUAACGAAAUCCGAAGUUGAAGAAAAGUAUCAAUCUCUGUUUAAAGCAAAUGAGAAAACAUCUUUGUACUUACAAUCUAAAUUUGUUAGAGCAAAGGAAAGACUUGAACACGAAUUAUCAACAUCAGAAACAAACAAAGAUAAUCAAUCAGAACAGGCAGACAAAAAAACGUAAUAGUAGUUAAUUUACUCUAGGUUUUAUUUAAAAUUUAGUUGUAUAGUGAUUGUUAAUUAAAAAUUUAAGAAGA